UUAUUAUGAUCUGUAUUAUGAACUUAAAAUUGUACUUUUCGUCAGUUUUCAUCAUGAAAAACUUGUGCUAGUUUUGUUGUUUAUUGAUACUUUAUUUGUUUUAAGAAGAGGAAAUUUUUGAGAAUAAAGAAAAACGUGUAUAUAUAUAUAUACAUAUAUACAUAUAUAUGUAUAUAUAUAUUUGAGAUUUGAAAAUUAUAUUCGAUAACCAAAAACUGUUCGUUGUGAAAGUUUUUCUUGAUAUUUUAUCAUAUGAAUUCUUGAAAGUUGUAUCCUUAGAUAGAUAACCAAGAUAAAAAAAAAAAAAAAUUAAAACAUGUAUCAAGACGCUAAUAUUUUUUAACAACAAGUUUUGAUCAUGACAACGGUUAAAGUUCAUGGGGGAAUAGAUAUAUUGCGGUUACCUGUUAAUGAAGAAGAGCAUGUCUUUCCACCAUGGCAAAUCAAAUAUACUCAAUCUCAUAUACUUCACUCCAAGUGUUCAAAAAGCGAGAAUGGCUGCGGUGACCAAGAUGCUACUGCUUGUCAAUUUUGCAUAUAUAGUAAAACUUUAGAACUGCCACAUAUGCCAGAUAUGGUAUUUCCAAAUAAUGUAUUAACUUUGAAACAUCGGGAUGGAGCUAUAUUGCAAUUUAAUGCACUUGAUGCAUUGAAAUAUGUUUCCAAUGGUAAAAUCAAUGUACAACUUGCUUGUGCUGAAGCAUGGAAAGAAUCAAGAUCCGAAAGCAGUGAAUUUUUAGAGGAAAAAGUUAAACCAUUCGAUUGGACUUUUACAACCAAUUAUACAGGUACAAUAUCUGGAUUUGAUUUGGAAGAAACAAAAGAUAGAAUUGAUUUAGACAAAUUGAGAAGAAAGGAAAAAAUUAGAUUUUAUCAUGAUUUAACACUUUUUGAAGAUGAGCUUCAUGAUAAUGGCAUCGCCGUUUGUUCUGUUAAAAUUCGUGUAAUGCCUACUAGUUUCUUCAUUCUUCUACGUUAUUUUUUGAGAAUUGAUAAUGUCAUGCUAAGAAUAAAGGAUACUCGCAUUUAUCACGAAUUUGGACAAGAUUAUCUUCUACGAGAAUUUACAACUCGGGAAGCCAAAGUUCAAGAUAUUCAUGUAUCUCCAGUAUUGUUCAUAGAACCAAGUGAGAUAGCACCUCACUUACCGCUAACUGAAAGUUACUAUCAUAAAUUGACUGUACAAUCAAAAGAAGAAUCGAAAGUAGAGGAUGGAACGUCGACUUCUGUUGAUAACAACACAGUAGAUAAUACUAUUACUUAAUCUUUAUAGACAUUUUCUGGAAAAAAAAAAAAAAAAGAAAAAAAGAAUAUGGGUGAUAUCAAAUAUA